UUUUAUAAACAUGGAGACGUUUGUAGACCAACGUGGGUUCGUGAGAACUAUCGAUGAUAGCGAGGAUGUACCUGUACUCGACGAAAGCUCGGAUUCAGAAGAAGAGACAGUCAGUGUGCAGCAGCAGAAGAAGAAAAAGAAAAAGAAAGCUGCUUCUGCUUUCAACCCCGGCUUCUCACUUUUUAAGCAGUUUGAUGAAGCAAUCCCAUUUCAUGAUGACAUUGCCUUGAAAACGGCAAAAAAGAAGGCUGCUUCAACCCUUGAUGAAAAGAUUCAGAAAAUGCGAAAGAUGAAAAAAAGAGAUCCUACAUUAAACCCAGAUUCUGAACAAUAUGAAAUGGAAAUAGACGAAGAGGAAGAUGAGGAAGAAGAGAUGGCACCAGACACAAUAAAGACAAAGGAUAAGAAAAAAAAGAAACGCAAAGGCAAACAGACCCAGGAGGAAAUAGAGGAGCCUGUGAAGCAAGAAUUUGCUGACAGCAUUGACAGCUAUGAUUCCAAGCUAAACUUCCAGGAUAUGAAGAUUUCUCGUCCCCUAAUGAAAGGCCUGGCUACACUGCAGUUUGAAAAACCCACUCCUAUUCAAGCUGCCUGCAUUCCUGUUGCUUUGAGGGGUCGUGAUCUUUGUGCAUGUGCUGUGACGGGCUCAGGAAAAACAGUUGCCUUCAUGCUUCCUAUAUUGGAACGUCUUCUUUAUCGUCCUGUUCAGCAGGCUUGCACUCGUGUUCUUAUCUUGGUGCCAACACGUGAGCUUGCAGUGCAAGUCCACCAAGUGGGUCGACAGCUGGGACAGUUUUCAAAUGUUGACAUUUGUCUGGCAGCUGGUGGCCUGGACCUCAAGAGCCAAGAAGCAGCUCUUCGAAUGGGCCCAGAUAUUGUUGUAGCAACACCCGGUCGAUUAAUAGAUCACCUACAUAACUCUCCCAAUUUCAACCUGAAUUCAGUUGAGAUUUUGGUUUUGGAUGAGGCUGACAGGAUGCUGGAUGAAUACUUUGCAGAGCAAAUGAAAGAAAUUAUUCGACUGUGUAAUUUCCAACGCCAGACUAUGCUUUUUUCUGCCACAAUGACUGACGAGGUGAGAUUUUGGAUGUGCAAUGACCUAGCAGCAGUUUCUUUAAAAGACCCAGUCAAAGUUUUUGUAAAUCAAAACACAGAUAUUGCACUUGGACUGCGCCAGGAAUUUAUUAGAAUCCGUGAGAAUCGGGAAGGUGACCGUGAAGCCAUUGUUGCAGCUUUAGUCACCCGCACUUUUUGCGAUAAGUGCAUUGUGUUCCUUCAGACAAAAGUGCAAGCACAUCGUCUGCAUGUUGUCCUGGGUCUUUUGGGAGUUAACGUUGGAGAACUCCACGGCAACCUGUCACAAGCACAGCGAUUGGAAGCCCUGCAAAAAUUUAAAGACAAUUCAGUGGAUGUUCUUCUUGCAACAGAUCUGGCUUCCAGAGGUCUGGACAUAGAGGGUGUUAAAACAGUAAUAAACUUCACUAUGCCAAACACCCUUAAGCACUAUGUUCAUCGAGUUGGACGUACAGCAAGAGCAGGCAAGGCUGGCAGAUCUGUCACACUUGUAGGGGAGAAGGAGCGUAAAAUGUUGAAAGAGGUUGUGAAGCAUGCAAAAACACCACUGAAGUCUCGUAUCGUUCCUCCAGAGGUAGUGGAACAUUUUCGUAAUCAAAUUGCGGAUAUGGAAGAAGACAUUGCAACUAUUGAGAGAGAAGAACGAGAAGAACGACAGCUGCGUGCCCUAGAGAAUCAGACCAACAAAGCACAGAGGUUACUUGAUGGAGAUCCAAAUGGUGUAGAUGGAAUGAAGAGAGUGUGGUUCCAGACACACAAAGAUCGCAUGGCAGAAAAAGAGGCUUUACGGCUAGGUGAAUACAACAAGGAUAACAAGGGAAGAAACCGCAAGGAAAAGCUUUCUGCUGAGGAUCGAGCUAAGUUCGAAGUGGAAAAGGCACAGUUGUAUGCUCAGAGAGUGUCAAAACGCAAAUUUAAACCCAAGCGGCUUCGAGCAUGUGCAGAGGAUGACAAUGAAGAAACAGGACCUCCAGCGAAAAAAAAGAAGAACAAAAAGCCAAAGAGAUUUUCAUUUGAUGAAGAGCUUACCAAGACGGACCAGCGGUCGGUUCGAAAAUUCAGAGCAGGGCCUUCCUUUAAAGAGAGGCAGCUGAUGGGGGCUCAGGAAAACCUGUUCAAAAACAGAAGGGGAACAAGGGAAGGCCUUCAUUUAAAGAGAGGAAGCCGAUGAGGCUCGGGGAAAACCUGUUCAAAAAAAGAAGGGAAACAAGGGAAGGAGAUGAUGUAAUAUGUGGAGUACAAGUGUUUACAGCCAGUUCUCAGUCUGCAUA